AUGAAUGCUCGCUUAUUACACAUCACUGCUGGAAUGUUUUCAUGCUUAAGUUUUAUACUGUUUACUAUUAGCAAUGCACAUCCAAUAUGGGGUGAAAUAGGCAAUGGAUUUGGUCAAAGCACAACUGGACUUUGGAAAAGCUGUACUCCGACUCGAAGCGGAAAGACAUGUCUCAAAGUUUCAUGCAUGUCGAAAUCUAAUGAAACUAGUUUCUGUGACAAUAUUCAGGCUGCUAGAAUUUUUAUUACUUUAGCCUGCAUACUAUCGGGCAUUUCUACAAUAUGUUUUGUAAUACGCGCAUUAUUAAGUGAAAAGAUACCUGGCAUAUUAAUCUUAACACCUAAAGUCCUUGCUAUUCCUUGUCUUCUCAUCGGAUGUAUUGGCGUCACUAUUGCGAUCAAUGCUUGUAUCAAUACAAUUUAUGGAAUGAAAUUUAAUCUAGGCGAUGCUGCGAUUAUUGGUAUUAUUGCAGUUUUCAUGAACUUCUUUGGUGUUAUCGCAAUAUCAUUGAUCAGACGAUAG